UAUAUCGAUAAUGAUAUCGAAAGCUCAAGUCAAAAGUGUAAUUAAGUUGCUUACAAUUUAUGCGCUGCAAAGUAACGAAGUUUAAAUCGUACAAACUAAGUAGUUAGAACUCUGUUUCCUUCGAAUAUAUUUUUUUAAUUAUAUUGUCGAAAAAGUAGACUAACCAGUUGCUUUAAAUGUAUAACAUGGAAAUUACUUUGGCACUAUUGAAACCGCAUAUUGUACGUAACACAUAUGCGGUACACCAGCUAAAAGCCCAAAUGGAAAGCAAUUUUAAUAUCUUAGCAGCUAAGGAUUUGCGUGUUACUAAGGAGCUAUCAGAGUGUUUUUACGUGGAACACAAAGACAAAUUUUUUUAUUAUCGUUUAACUAGUUUCAUGCAAAGCGGUUUCUGCUCCGCUUUUAUACUACAAUCUGAGUCAUGUAUACAAAAAUGGCGUCAGCUUAUGGGCCCCACCAAAGUGUUUAAAGCGGUGUAUACCGAUCCCAACUGCAUACGGGCGCUUUACGGUCUAUCAGACACUCGCAAUGCCUGUCAUGGAUCAGAUAGCACAGUUUCGGCGCUGCGAGAGAUUGGCAUAAUAUUUCCAGAAUUCGAUAUAAGCAGUGUCAAUAAUCAAUCCAAAGUAAUAAAUAAAUGUGUACAUAUCAAGAAAGCAUAACAAAGUUGUUAAUAUGUACUUUAUGUAGUCUGUAACAAAUUAUAACACAGUCAAUAUUUAAAUAUAUAAUAAAUUAAAAAAAAUGCGUGAAUCUGUCUGAAA